AUGGUGGCAGCAUUGAUGAUCCAGUUGAAGAUGGUGAUACUGUGCUUCACCUGGCAUGCUUAUAUGGCCAUCUACUUUGCGUGCAGCUACUGCUGGAACGUGGAGCAAGCUUAGAGUCCAAAGAUGAAGAAGGGGCAAUUCCUCUCCAUGAUGCUUGUGCUGGAGGCUUCACCGAGAUAGUUCAGUACAUUCUCAGUUUUGCUGCAAAUGCUGAGGGUUGUGCAACACGAAUGCUCAACACCGUUGAUGCUGAAGGCGAUACUCCACUCCACCAUGCUGCCAGAGGGGAACACAUGGACACCGUCAAGCUUCUGCUCGAGGCUGGCGCAUGUCCCAAGAAGGAGAAUGCCUACGGGCAGGCAGCCGCCGAGAUGGCCGAUCAAGAUACCGAAGUCCGGGCCCUGUUAACUGCCAAGCAAGUCGAGGCCAGCAUACACAUGGCAAACUGAUGGACCUGUCGGAGGGAACCCUUGGUUGAAAUCGUUCAAAUGAUGAGUGGGUGGUAAAAUGAGUGGUAGUAUUAGACUAUUAGUAUCUCCAUACACAGCUUGCCUACUAUGAGAACUGCGUUUCUGUUAUCAUGAGAACUAUGGAGUUUAUGUGCAGAGAGGAGGACAUGGCGCUUCUCCAUUUGCCCUUUGUAUCUGUAUUUUUCGAGUUAUAUCAAAGGCUCAAUUAGUUGAACUCUA